UUGCAUUUCAUUAUUGUAUAUGUUAUGUGCUGUUUUAAUGUUUGGUUAGUAUGAUUAUUUGUGCUAUAAUUUGAAAAAUUUCCAUGAACUUGAAUAAAUCUACAUAAUCGUAUAACACUUGUUAUACGAUGUCUCCAAGAGUGGUACGAUAUUGAAGUGGUACGAAGUCUCCGACAUCCUUAAAAACUGUUGAUUGCUGCCACACAUGUUGACAAAAUUAUCUUUGACGUAUAUUGACAUUUUAUUAAGAUGUCUCGCUUAAUUGUGAAAAAUCUUCCGAACGGGAUAAAAGAAGAGCGGCUCAGAAAACACUUUGGAGUGGUUGGUCCGGUUACAGAUUGCAGCCUAAAGUACACAAAGGAUGGAAUGUUUAGAAAGUUUGCCUUCAUUGGAUUCAAGACUGAGGUGGAGGCUAAGGCCGCUGUAAAGCAGUUCAAUAAAACCUUCAUUGAUACAGCCAAGAUUCAGAUUGAGGUUGCUCGGGACUUUGGAGAUGCUAACAAGCCUCGGGCUUGGAGUAAAUACGCCAAGGACAGCUCUGCUGGUCAGAGAAAUAUGCCAGUCAGGCCAGACAGCGAGAAAGAGGAAGAUGAGAAGAAAAGUAAGAAAAAGAAGAAGAAAAAGAAGGAUAACCCAGUGGUGGAUGAACUGUUGAAAGACGUAAAAGAUGACCCAAAGUUCAGUGAGUUUCUUGAAGUCCAUCAGAGCCGUAGUACCAAACCUGUUUGGACCAAUGAGAGCGGCCAACAGGAAAAGGGGGAGGGGUCAGGGGGUGAACAGGAAGGAGAAGGGGAUGAAGAGGUGGAGGAGGGGGAGCUAGGGGGCGUGCCAGGUGGGCGAGGCUCAUUGGACGAGGAUGAGGAUGGGAGUGAUGUGGAGAUGGCUGAGAAAGAGGAUGAAGAAGUAGAGCUGAAAGAAGAAAAGCACAAGGCGGCAAUAAAGAAAGGUCUUUCAGAUCUUGAUUAUCUGAAAUCCAAGAUAUCAAAGGAGCCUGAAGACGCAGAAAAAAAUACCUCAAAAUUGCAACCUAAUGCAAAGGGUGAAGUAUCAACUGCUUUUAUGAUGAGGUUAAAAGGUCUUCCUCUAAAAUCCGGGGAGAAAGCUGUUCGAGAGUUCUUCAAUCCACUGAAAAUUGUGAGGAUGAGAAUUCCGAAGAGUGCAUCAAAUAAACCGAUGGGCAUAGCAUAUGUAGGAUUUAAAACUGAGAAGGACCUGGAUGAAGCAUUACGAAAAAACAAGAACUUCAUUGGUGGUAAAAGAGUGUUUCUGAAGAAAGCUGAAUCAGAAGAAAUGCCGAAAUCUGAGCCAGAGAAACUGCGGCCUUGGGAGUUAAAGAACCAAGAUGGAGAUAAUACAGAAGGCAUUGCAGAGACAGGGCGGUUGUUUGUCAGAAACCUCUCCUAUUCCUGCACAGAAGAUGACUUGGAGGCAGAAUUCAAGAAAUUUGGUCCUUUGACAGAGGUUAAUCUUCCUGUGGACUCUUUAACGAAGAAAGUGAAGGGGUUCGCGUUCAUCACAUACAUGAUGCCAGAACAUGCUGUCAAGGCUUUUACAAAAUUAGAUGGGAAAGUAUUCCAGGGAAGAAUGCUUCAUAUUUUACCUGGUAAAGAAAAGAAAGAAGAUGAGGAAGAAACUGGAGAUGGCUUAUCAUUUAAAAAGCAGAAACAAGCAAAACAGAAAGCUGCAGCAUCCAGUUCUCACAACUGGAACUCAUUGUUUCUGGGAGCCAACGCAGUGGCUGAUGUCCUUGCAGAGAAAUACCAGACAAGCAAAAGUGAUAUACUGGAUCAUGAGAUGAAGGGCAGUUUAGGGGUAAGGAUGGCCCUUGGAGAAACUCAGAUUGUACAGGAAACUAGGGACUUCCUCACUGAGAGUGGCGUGGCGCUGGACUCGUUCAGUCAGCCAAACGCGGCCAGAAGUAAAUCAGUGAUUUUAGUCAAGAACUUGCCAGCAAAGACAGAAAGGUCAGAGAUUGAGCAAGUAUUCUCCCCGUAUGGUACGCUAGGAAGAGUUCUUAUACCGCCAUCAGGGAUAACAGCCAUAGUUGAGUUUGUAGCUCCGACUGAGGCAAGGGCUGCAUUUACCAAACUAGCCUACAGAAAGUUCCGCCACGUUCCUCUGUACCUGGAAUGGGCUCCCAUGUCAGUGUUUACCUCCCCUACACCGGAGCAGGGAACCAAACAAGAACAGCAGGCUGGGAACCAAGAGGAAAACAAAUCUGAAGAUGUGGAGAUGAAGGAAGGGGCUAAAGAUAAAAAACAAGACAAAUCAGAGAAAACAAAUGAACAACGAACUGAGAUGAAACCAGAGUCGACCAAUGAUAAAACAAAAGAAAAAGAAGAGGAUGAGGAGGAUGAGGAUGAUGAAGUGGGCAGCGUACUGUUUGUUAAGAACCUCAACUUCAACACCAUGGAUGAGGCCCUGAUACAGCACUUCUCAUCAUGUAAAACUUUCAAAUCUGCAAGUAUCGCCAAGAAAAAGGACCUCAAAAAUCCUGGACAGCAACUCUCCAUGGGCUACGGGUUUGUGGAGUUUCGGAGCCCAAACGGAGCCCAGGAGGCCCUGAAGACCAUGCAGCAUACAGACCUUGAUGGGCAUGUGCUGGAAGUGAAGAUUUCUAACAGGACCACUGCUAGUUCCCAGUCAAGUCAGACCAGCCGGAAAAAGCAGAAGGAAGGCAAACAGAGGACAACUAAGAUACUCGUCCGGAACAUACCCUUUGAGGCAAAGAAACAUGAAAUAGCUGAACUCUUUAAAGUAUUUGGUGAGCUGAAGACAGUGAGGCUGCCCAAGAAGAUGGGAGGUACUGGAACACAUCGGGGAUUUGGCUUUGUGGACUUUCUCACUAAGCAAGAUGCCAAGAGAGCGUUUGAGGCUUUAUGCCAGAGUACCCAUUUGUACGGACGUCGAUUAGUACUGGAGUGGGCAGACACGGAGGAAGAUAUCGACGACAUUCGCAAACGUACAGCUGACCACUUUCAUGAAACAGAUACGAGUGGAAAGAAAUUUACAAAGGCUGGAUUGAAAGAAAGUUUAGAAACAUCUCUUGCAGACUGAUCAUGUUUAAUAUUGAACAUUUUGUUGAGUUUGAAAAUGAAUCUACAUGAUGUAAAGUGAUUGUCUACAGUGAAAUGUAAAACAAACAUGUUUAUGUACAUGUGUGUAAGCCUUUGGCAUUCUUUGUUGAUAGAGACUAUUUUUUUACUGCAUAUAGUUGUGACGUCAUCAGCGGCAAUGAGUCCCGUGGAUGUAAAAGUGUCAUAUUCAAAUGUUCGAGAAACUGUUUCUCAGAAGCAGACAAACAGUUUGGAUAUUUAUUAUAAAAUCCCUGAUUCGAUUUCAAUAAUGUCUUUUGUAAUAAGCUUUGUUGACUUCUGUUCGUUGACGAUGUCACAAUUAAUACACAAUUGUGGCAAAGUGAUGCAUGUGUUAGAGGACUGUAUAUACUGUAAAUUAAUACGGGAAUAGAAUAAAAUGACUGUUGAAA